UCUUGCCAUGGAAACACAAUUAUCUAAGUCAAGGAACUCAUGGUAUAGGGUGGGGCUAACUGGUGCUAAGGGCGGAGCUCAAAAUGAAGUUACUGCAAAGAGCUCUAUAAGAAAACGAAUUAGUCGGAGACUAAUGCAGUGUGUUAAACAAAAGCCUGCUGGCAUAUUGCACUGCUCCAGCAAGAUACAACUAUUCCGCUUGAAAACCAACAUAAGUCUUUAGAAUCCAAGAAAAGAGACGAGGAUCUACUUUAACUGACAGGUUUCAGACCCGGGGUGCAGCUCCAUGCCCAGGGGGGCCUUCUCGUGCAGCUCCAUGGCCCAGCUCCAUCGUAUGAGCAGCUACGGCCAGGGUGGUCCAGACCUGGGUCUUGCCUCAGAGGGCAGUGACAGCAUCGGGCGUAAGAACGUCCGCUCACGUUCCCGCCACAAUGACGUGGAGAUGAAGAGCAGUGGAUCCAGCGGGAGCGAGACCGAGUGACACGGCAACGAGAGCCACGGAAGCCAUGGAAACGAGAGCCACGGCAACGAGAGUCAUGGCAACGAGUCGACAGGUAGCUCCAACGGCAACAGCAAGGACUCCGCCCUCCUGGAGUCGUCUGGGAGUAACAAGAGCCCCUCUCCUCCCAGUAGUUCCAAUGCCUUCAGCCUGCUGAGUUCUGUGCAGGACAACCCCUCCACCAGCGGCUGCAGUAGUGAGGAGUCCGCUAAGGCCAAGACCCAGAAGGAGCUGCUCAGGACCGCCAAGCAGCUCAGGACCGCCAAGCAGCUCAGACAUCUCCUGCCUGCUGACAAGAGGAACAAAGGCAACAAGUCCAGCUCCCUAAACACCCUGAAAUACGCACUGCGCUGCGUCAAACAGGUGGAAGCCAAUGAGGAGUACUACCAGCUGCUGAUGACCAAUGACAGUCAGCCAUCAGGCCUGGACGUGUCCUCUUACACCAUCGAGGAGAUAGACAGCAUCACCUCAGAGUACACCCUCAAAAACAAUGACAUCUUUGCUGUAGCUGUAUCUCUGAUCACGGGAAAUAUCGUCUACAUCUCAGACCAGGCCGCCUCCAUCCUCAACUGUAAACGGGGCAUCUUCAAGGAUGCCAAGUUUGUGGAGUUCUUGAUUCCCCAGGACGUUAGUGUUUUCUACAGCUUCACCACGCGCUACCGCCUGCCCUCCUGGAGCAUGUGCACCGGAGCAGAGUCAUCCCGGUCGAACUGCAUGCAGGAAAAAUCGUUCUUCUGUCGGAUCAGUGGGGGUAAGAAGUGUGAKGGGGACCUGCAGUACUACCCAUUCCGUAUGAAACCCUACCUGAUGAAGGUGCAGGAUAAGGUCCAUUCUGAGGACCAGUUCUGCUGCCUCCUACUGGCUGAGAAGGUGCACUCCGGAUACGAGGCUCCCAGAAUCCCUAGUGACAAGCGCAUCUUCACCACCACACACACUCCUAGCUGUGUGUUCCAGGAUGUGGAUGAGAGAGCUGUUCCACUUCUUGGGUACUUCCCCCAGGAUCUGAUUGGCACCCCAGUCCUUCUUCUCAUGCAUCCCGAUGACAGGCCUGUCAUGUUGGCCAUUCACAAGAAGAUCCUUCAGUACGCUGGCCAGCCGUUCGACCACUCCUCCAUYAGGUUCUGCACGCGGAACGGAGAGUACGUCAUUGUCGACACCAGCUGGUCCAGCUUCGUCAACCCCUGGAGCCGCAAGGUCUCCUUCGUUAUCGGGAGGCACAAAGUCCGCAUAGGCCCGGUGAAUGAGGAUGUGUUUGUGGCCCCGCUCCCUGCCCUCAUGGAGACUAUGGACUCUGAAGUCCAGGAGAUCACUGMGCAGAUCCACAGAUUGCUACUACAGCCAGUGCACAACACUAGCUCCAGUGGCUACGGUAGCGUGGGAAGCAACGACCACCUUGCAGCAUCUCAGGUGAUGACCAGCGAGGGCAGCCYAAGCAGGACACGCAUCGAGGGGGAGAGCAGCUGGGCCAAACCUCAGAGGUCAUUCCAGGAAAUCUGUAAAGGUAUCCACCUCCAGAAGAGUCAGGAACAGCAGAUCUACCAAGCCUCCUCCUCAGCCAGGCCUGAGACCAAGAAGAGCCCUGGCAAGUUCCUCCAGAAGAGUCCAGCUGUGGUGCGUUCCAAGGAAUCUGCAGCCCCUGUGGCCCCUCUGAGUUGGAGGGACAGUGGGGUCAGUGCUGGGGUCAGUGCUGGGGUCAGUGGGCUGAGCCUGGAGGACAGCAGCAGCAGGACUGCAGUACAGGAGGAGCAGCUGGCCUUCAACGACCAAACGGUCUACUCMUACCAACAGAUCAGCKGUCUGKACAGCGUCAUCAGAUAUCUAGAGGGCUGUAAUGUUCCCAUCACUAUGAAGAGGAGGUGCUACUCUUCUGACAGCACUAUGUCCUCAGAUGAGGACAAGCAGAAAGGAGGGGACAAUCCCAUGCAAUUAUCUGAAGAGAUCAUCGUAGAUGUAUCUGUGGCACGGGAGGAGGUGGAGGGGGGCAACCAGACUCCUGGGCCUCCCSCCAAUGCUGUUUCACCUCCCAACCUGGAGAGGGAGCCCUAUAAGAAGCUCGGUCUGACCAAGCAGGUCCUAGUAGCCCACACCCAGAAGGAGGAGCAGACCUUUCUGUGUCGCUUCAGGGAGCAGAGGGGAGUCCAGGCCUUCCAGGCCAACUGUUCCCAAUACCUGGAGCGCCAGAAGGGACAAGGCGCCGCUGAUGCUCUGCCCGCUGUGCGCCCAUGCAAACAGGCCGAGCCCGCUGCCCGUCGAAGUGGGCGCAACAAGAAGACCAAGUCUAAGCGGGUGAAACAGAACGAGUCGUCCGACAGUUCCGUGUCUCAUAGGAGAAGACAGCCGCAGCCCCGACCCCACCUCCUCAACCAGGGCCUCAACCAGACCUCCUGGUCCCCCUCCAACACCUCCCAGUCCACUUUGCUGCCCCUGGCUUACCCCACCGUUGUGUCAGUCUACCCCCUCCAGCUCUACCCUGGGGCGGGCACCAUGGCUGGCACCAUGCCUACUCACCCAGAGAAUUCAUUGGCAGGCUUCRGUGACAGCCAGUGCAACCAGGAUCCCCAGUGCCCGCCACCAAACAUCCAGCCCUUGCCCUUCUCUACUCCYAUGGUGACCCCCGUGGUGGCUCUGGUUCUCCCCAGCUGCAUGUUCCCUCAAAUGGGAAGCGGGGCUCCAGGACAGCAGCCUUUCUACCAGGCCGAGAAAGCCGGCUACCCCUCUCAGUCGCAGCCCUUCCUCCCACAGACAUCCCUCACCUUACCUGCCCAGGGUCCUUUCCCGGCUCAGCCACAGGCCUUCCCCCUACUGACGACCUUCCCAGUCCCCGCCCAGCCUUUCUCAUUCUCCAUGCCCAUGGAGGCUCCCAAGCCACCUGGGGAAACCACCCAGUCUCGCUGCUCCCCGCAUGGGACCAUGGGCGGCAGGGACCAAGCGUCCUCCCCUCCACUGUUCCAAUCAUGGUGCAGCUCGCCCCUGCAGCUCAACCUACUGCAGCUGGAGGAGAYGCGGUGCUCCCUGGAGAGACAAGACAGCAUGGUGGUGGUGCCCUCCGUUGGCACACAAGGGAAUAACGCUGUCAACAUGAAGCGGGGGAGCGUGGUCUGGCAAGCCAUGGAGAAGGUCAAGGAGCUUCAGCAGCCCACAUUCAGUCUGACUGGUCCAAUGGGACCCUUGUACUCCAACAUACUCCUUGUCUGCAAGCUACUAUCAUGGAAUAUAGUGUGCUCUAGGCUGAGGUGUUGCAGUGACGAGGUGGGCUYGCCGGGCAACGGUAACCAUAGCGACGUCAAUUCGUCAUCGAAUGACCUGCUGGACAUCCUGCUCCAUUCAGACUCUCGUUCAGGCACCAGCUCAGGCACUUCAGGGUCCAUGGGUUUCAGCUCUAAUGGCUGCGCAACCUCAGCUAGAACGUCUAACAGCGGAAUGUCUAAUAAAGGUGGAACGUUGGGAUGUAGAACGUCAGCAAGCGGAGAGUCAGCUAGCGGAGUAUCUGGCAGUGGCACAGUAAGCAACAGCCACACAAGCAACAACAGCAGCAACUACUUUGGCACCGUGGACUCCUCCCAGAACAGCUGCCAGCAGGUCAAAGUGCACUCCAGCGGCGGGAGUGGUGGUAGCGUUAGCGAGAGGUGGCCAAUGGAGGUAGAGGAAAGCCAAUGACAAGGGCAUUGAGAGUGUGCUUAGGGAAGACCGAGAGAAACUACUUGUGAUGCAGAAGUGCCAGCCGUGCUUCACCGGGGAGCA